AUGGAUAAGCUGGACUUGAAUGCGCUUGAUCAACUUAUCUGCACCUGCCGCAUUUGGGCAAGGGCCAUGUGUGGGGGGCAUGAUUGUGAGCUCGUGCUUUCCUCGGGGCUUGUGCUCAAGGGCCGUGUGCAUCCUGGUUGGAAGAAGGCAGGGCAUCAGCCGCUUCUGACCACGCUUGAUCUUCGAGCUGCCUACAAGCAGUUCGCAGUGUCGGCCGACUCGCGAGCUUGGGCAGUUAUCGCUUUGCUUAACCCUGAUACGCUGGUGCCGGGCCUUUUCGAGUCGAAGGCGUUGCCUUUUGGCAGCGCAGCCUCGGUGCUGCAUUUCAACCGUCUCUCGAGAUUGUUGUGGAGGUUGGGGGUUGAGCUUUUGAUCCCAUGGGGAAACUUUUUCGACGACUUCCCUGCAAUGUCACCGAGUGCCAUUUCAGACAAUACCAUGAGUACAAUGACUGCCUUGUGUUCCCUUCUCGGGUUCGCCUUUGCUGACGACAAGCUUAGCCCUUUCCAGCCUGAACUCGUCGUGUCUCUUGAAGAGUUUCUGCGCGAGGGAGUGAUCUCUCGAAAGCGUUACCUCAGUCUCAUGGGUCGGCUCCACUACACUGAUUCAUACAUACUUGGCAAGUCGGGCCGUUUGAUCAUGGCGGACAUUCGCUCGUGGGCAAAGGGGCAUUGUUCCGAUGAAUUGGUCUUGGACGAUGCAGCACGGGAAUCGCUGCGUCUGUUCAUUGCGCGUCUCCGUGCUUGUGAGCCUCGCCAGGUGCCUUGUGGAGUGGCAAGCCAUGUUGUGCACGUCUUCACGGAUGGCGCCAGUGAGGGUGAGGUGCACUCGAUUGGUGGGGUCCUUGUAGUGCAAGGUAGGCUGCAUUCGUGCUUUGGGUCACUUGUUCCCGAUCACUUGAUCAGCAAAUGGACCUCCACGAUGCGACACAUUAUCGGGCCGGUUGAAUCAUAUGCAGUUGCCGUGGCAAGGCGAGUCUGGCACCAGUUCAUUGCUUCGCAGCGCGCUUUGUUUUUCAUCGAUAAUGUGCAGGCACAAGACUCCUACAUAAAGGGCACCUCUGCCAACCCUCACGUGCGGGAAAUCCUCCUUUCUUUCGAGGAGUCGGAGAAGCUUUCCCCUUCCUGGACGUGGUUCGCCCGUGUGGCGAGUCCAAGCAAUGUCGCAGACGAGCCGUCACGUGCUGCCUUCGAGUUUCUGCAUAAGGCUCAAUGUCGCAGGGUCACUCCCUCGUGUCCCAUAAGUGGUUUUGACCUUGUGGAUCUUGGCGCCCUUGGAAAAAUUUGA